AUAAACACAAAGACACACGUCAGCAUUGUCUACUCGACAGAAAACCCUAACGUUCUCCAUCUUCAUCCUCUCUAUCAGAACCGAACUGAAACGGUAACAAAAUUUCCUCAUUUUCCAAACCCAAACCCAAACCCUAACCCCAAGCUUCCCAAAAUGCUCCUAUAAUCCCAUAUCAUUUCGGCAUUGCCCCUCCCCUUCCAUACAUAUAAUCCAUACAUACAUACCCAUACACAAAACAGAUUUUCUGAAAUUAUGUCGCAGGAUGGGGCAGCGGCAAUGGUUUCGGCAUCGCUAACCGCGACUGUGACGGGGACGGCAGCGGCAGCUGGGACGGGAAUAGUGCCUGCAACCGUCGAUCGGAGGAUUUCCGAGCCUCAAUCUCCGGCAACUGAAAUUAGAAAUGUUAAUAACAACAAUGGCAGCAGAAACGAUAAAAGUAUUACCAAUAAGAAUGGGAAUGGGACGCUUAUGCCUCCACCGCCACCGCCAUCGCAGGUUUUUCCGACCUAUAGUUCCCACAGGCUGCGGCUGAACCCUAGCGCCGAUCACAAGCCGGAUAGUUAUGAGGAUUUGCAAUUGGACUUCAGUCCUCUGCUUUUCAGCUCUCUGGAGAGGUAUUUGCCGCCAACUCUCCUCAAUUCGUCGCGGGAGACGAAGGUUCAUUACAUGCGUGAAAUCCUCCUCCGUUACUCCACCGAAAGCGAGCGAAAUCGUGUUCAGAAGCACAGAGAAUACAGGCAAAAGAUUAUAUCGAACUAUCAGCCUUUACAUAGGGAACUGUAUAUUAUGCAAGCUUCAAAUUUCUUUGUCCCUUCGUUUCUCAAGGCUGUGAGUGAAAACACUGAAGAAAGUUUCAGAAGUAUAAUGUCUGAACCAUCUCCAGGAGUUUUUGCAUUUGAAAUGCUGCAACCUCGCUUUUGUGAAAUGCUGUUGGCUGAGGUAGAAAAUUUUGAGAAGUGGGUGCACGAAACGAAAUUCAGAAUCAUGCGGCCCAAUACAAUGAACAAAUAUGGUGCUGUCCUUGAUGAUUUUGGACUGGAAACAAUGCUCGACAAAUUGAUGGAAGAAUUUAUACGCCCAAUGUCAAGAGUGUUCUUUCCCGAAGUUGGUGGAGCCACACUUGACACACAUCAUGGAUUUGUCGUCGAGUAUGGAAUGGAUAGAGAUGUUGACCUCGGUUUCCAUGUGGAUGACUCAGAAGUCACUCUGAAUGUAUGCUUGGGAAAGCAGUUCUCUGGUGGAGAGUUAUUCUUCCGAGGUGUGCGGUGUGAGAAACAUGUAAAUUCUGAAACUCAGCCUGAGGAAAUCUUGGAUUAUUCCCAUGUCCCUGGGCGAGCUGUUCUUCACCGUGGUCGCCAUCGGCAUGGUGCUAGGGCUACAACAUCUGGGCACCGAAUUAAUUUAUUACUGUGGUGUAGAAGUUCCGUUUUCAGAGAGUUGAGAAAAUACCAAAAGGAUUGUUCAGGCUGGUGUGCAGAGUGUCAACGGGAGAAGAAAGAAAGGCAGCGUCAGUCAGUUGCUGCAACGAAACUGGUAUUGUGUUACCUUUUAAGAUUUCACUUUAAGAUUUCAAUUAUGGAUGCAUUCGUUUUUCUUCCUUCCAUCAGGAAUUACUGAGAAGAGAAGGAGAAGCUGCUUCUUGAACGGUUUAUUGUCUCUAAUUAUUGUGCUGCAAAGAGAAGGAGAUGAAGCUGCUACUUGAACAGUUUAUUGUCUCUAAUUAUUGUGCUGCAAAGAGAAGGAGAUGAAGCGGCUUCCUAGCUGUUCAUUGUGUUUUGACUUUUGCUUUGAAACUGUAAUAUAGCUCAACUCAUCCUCAUGGCAGAAGCAUUUUCCCGUUAGUCGUAUAGGGAUGCUGAAGAUGUUGUCUGUUUUGUCCUUUUUUUUUUUGUCAAGAUAGCUGUACAUCUAAAUCAAGUAGGUGUUGGGUCAUCCCAAUUGUUAGCUGACUUGAAUAUGGCUUACCAUUUGGUACGAUGAACAUUUUGUAGGGAGUUGAAUCCUCAUGGUGAAUGAAGCUGUACUCUGUAGAUGAGCGGUGCUCUGCACAUCUUAGAUACAUUUGAUUGUAGAAAUUGCUGCAAUAAAUUGUGAAAUCAAACCAGUGUUUGCUGAGGUGCUGCCCUGGCGUAGAA